UAGCAGCGGCAGCCGGAGCCGCAGCAGCAGCAGCAGCGGCCGCGGCGGCAGCUCGGAGGGGCGCGUCUGACUUCGGCCGCCCGGGCGCGCACAGGGUGAGGGCCCGGGGCCCGCAGCAGCCGCGCCCUCGGCCCCAGCGGCUCCGAGCUCACAAAGGCGGCGGCUGCCCGCGUGGCCUCCUCCAUCCAGGCGUUCGAUUCUCGCUCCCUUCCUUCUCUUCUCCGGCAGGCGAGAAUGGCAGGGCCGGGCGAGGACCUGGGACAGCGGUGACCCUAGCUCUGGUCUCCCCCCAACCCCCCUCCCCCCACCGCUCCCGCGGGGAGAGGAAGCGGCUGCUUGCCGACGAUGUGGUCAGGGCUGCUCCCCAGUGCGUCUUCUGCCCGGGUCCCCGCUGCCGUCCCUCUUCUCUGCUCGCUCCAUCCCACCGAGAGGAGUUGAUGCUGCGAUCGCCGCCGCCGCCGCCGCCUCCGAAGCCGCGGCUGAUGGAUGCCAGGGAGUGCCGCAUUGCUUAGCGUCCCCGCCUCCGGGUUUGCUGGUAGGAGCCGGCUGCUCUUUCUUCUCUCAUGCUUUGGGGCAUUGUAGAAAAGACACUCACUCUCCCCCGCCCCGAGCUCAGCGCGCUGAAGAGCCACCUUAUUAUUAAUCAGAAUUUCCAUCGUUAUCCCUGGCAGGAGCAUCGUUCAGUAGGGACCGCAGAAGCAUCAGAGUGCUGGGGCUGAGAUGUGCGUGGGGGUUGUUUUUGUUCCAUCUCGGAAGAGAAGAGGACGGUACCAAGAUCAGCACCCCCUGUGCUGGGUGCAAUUAGGGGUGUUUUGUUAGGAGAGAGAGAGGACAAGAAGAGGGGUCCUGGGCCACCGGAGGGCCGCAUCCCUUUGGAGGAAAAGGAAGAGGGAACCAGAGCGGGACGUUGUUUUUAAGGAGGGGUGGGGAAAGAAGUUCCUAUCUUUCAGAGAAAAGGUGCAGGAAAGCAGGAGCAACAGGGUAGUUGAUUGGACACCAAGACAAAUCAUUUCCUGUAAAGAAGAGGAAGCAGGCAGCAGGGAGGUCUGGAGGCUGGAGUGUGGUGGUGGCCAGGGCCAGCUUGGUGGUGGGACAGUCAGCAAGAGAGAGGCAAGGCUUAGGAACACGCAGGACAAUGACUCAUUUACAAGCGGGUCUCUCUCCUGAGACCCUGGAGAAAGCCCGCCUGGAGCUCAACGAGAAUCCGGACACGCUGCACCAGGACAUCCAGGAGGUGAGGGACAUGGUCAUCACUAGGCCGGACAUUGGCUUUCUCCGCACAGAUGAUGCCUUCAUCUUACGCUUCUUGCGGGCUAGGAAGUUUCAUCACUUUGAGGCCUUCCGCCUCCUGGCCCAAUACUUUGAGUACCGGCAGCAGAACCUGGACAUGUUCAAAAGCUUCAAGGCCACCGACCCUGGCAUCAAGCAGGCACUGAAGGAUGGUUUCCCUGGGGGCCUGGCCAAUCUGGACCACUAUGGCAGGAAGAUUCUAGUCCUUUUCGCGGCCAACUGGGAUCAGAGCAGGUACACGCUGGUGGAUAUUUUGCGUGCCAUCUUACUUUCUUUAGAAGCCAUGAUUGAAGAUCCUGAGCUUCAGGUGAAUGGAUUUGUUUUGAUCAUAGACUGGAGUAACUUCACCUUCAAGCAAGCUUCUAAACUGACACCAAGCAUGCUGCGCUUGGCUAUUGAAGGCCUUCAGGAUAGUUUCCCAGCAAGAUUUGGAGGAAUUCAUUUUGUUAACCAACCAUGGUACAUCCAUGCCCUGUACACCGUGAUCCGGCCUUUCCUGAAGGAGAAGACUCGGAAAAGGAUAUUUUUGCAUGGUAACAACCUGAACAGCCUACACCAACUAAUUCAUCCUGAGAUUCUGCCCUCUGAGUUUGGAGGAAUGCUUCCCCCUUAUGACAUGGGAACCUGGGCAAGAACACUGCUGGACCACGAGUAUGAUGAGGACAGUGAAUACAGUGUGGACUCCUACAGCAUGCCUGCCAAGGAGGUAGAGAAGGAGCUGUCCCCCAAGUCCAUGAAGAGAUCCCAAUCAGUUGUGGAUCCUACAGUGCUAAAACGCAUGGAUAAAAAUGAGGAGGAAAACAUGCAACCUUUGCUCUCUCUGGACUGAUAGCUUCUCUACCCUCUCCAUGGAUUAGAAACGGAAGGUACAUGUUUUCAGCACCAGGGCCAGCGCUGUGGAUGAAUUACCAGCUGGAAACUUAUUUAUUCAUGUUAAUGUAGCAUAAUAUAUAAUAAGGCAUCAGGCUUUCCCAUUUGCCUGAACCAUGGGUGCCCUGGUCUAGAUUUAAAGAAAAGUCAAUAAUUUAUUCUGUAAGUGCCAAGUUCUUUGUAAAUACAAUGUAAUCUUCACUUCAAGUUUGUAAAUUUUAGUAGUAACUUAAAUUGGAAGAUUGGCUUUUGAGUCCAUGCCAGUGAUAUGAACUGUAACAAGAACAGAAAAGACACAUAAACCAUCGAAGCUAAUUAAAUGUAGCCCUGUUUCCUAUGAAGCCAUAUUUCAGCUAUCAUAGUGAUUGUUUCAUUGUUUUCUCUGAAACUCUGUCAUACUCAAAUGUACUUUAAUGGGCACAGGGAGUUAAGUGAUUCUUGGAAAUUAUUAUGAUAAAUGUACUUCCUGUCUAGGGAUUUUCAGUUCACAGAAAAUGUACCCUAGUGACUAUCACUGGCCUUGAACUUGGGAGGCAAGAAAUGGCAAAUAACCUGGUAAACUCAACACUUGAACUUUCUAUGUUGUUUAGUUCCUGGAGUCUUGUGAAAAAAUAUGUUCCCCAAAAUAAGAUGUGGAAUUCUGAAAGAGAGUGGAUUCUUUAUAAACGGAUGUCUUCACAGUGCGUCCUUUACUCAAGAUCUCAUUAUAUGCCUGUCUGAUGUACUUUAAGAACUUUAUCCUGAAAAACUCUUUGACCAAAAGAAAGAACCAAUACUUGAGUAGUGUUUGACAGCUAAUUUUGAGCAGAAAAGUUGCCAAGUACUGAUAAGGGGCUAAUUUCUAAUUCUUGUGACUGGUUGAAAAUAUAUAUAUAUUCACACACACACACACAUAUAUUUUUACUGAGCUUUGGUAAAUCUGUGAUGUGACAGGCUUAUAAAAUAAAUCAUGCAUAUUCAAUGGUCUUAGAGAUGUUAUAGAUUAUUGUCUGAGAUGUUAACUCUGGAAAACCACUUCCACUAAAGUUAAUGAAAAUGAGGUAUUGUGAAACAGACUUCCUGUGAAUUUAUUUAAGGGAAUUCAAUUUAAUUUGUAAUGCAAUCUUGUAUCUGUGCCAUUUCAGUGAAAUAUAUUUUUUAUUAAAAAAAAAAAACACAACAGGUCUCAACAUAGCAUAGGCAGUAUCGGGUGACAGAGAAUAAUACUGUUUUUCUCAAAUUCAGGUUAAUUAUCCUAAUGAUCCUGGAAGUACACAUUUUCUUCUCAGAAAAGAUUUUAAGAACAUAUUGCAUCUAGGAGACAUAAUGAAAGCUUCUGAGGGCAUCUGAGAGUCUAUGUUAUAGUUUAAAUCUAGAUUUGGAAUCCUUAUGUUAAAGUUUUCUUUUCACAAAAAUUUUGCAAGGAUAGCGCAUUUAAAAAAAUUUAACUUUAAAUUUCAAAUUCUAGUGUGAAAAAGCAAGAUUCUUACCACCUUUUCAGAGUGGUAAUUUUUGAGACUGAGACUUUACCAUUAAAAUAUUGUCUUGAAAGAAAAAUAUCUCAAGGAACUUAUGGAAACCAACAGAAAUAAAGGCAUGUAGCAGCCUUUAUAUAUGUUUUAGCCAAAAGCUUUAAAAAGUCCAGUUAUAAUUCUGCAGCCCAGAAUCUUAAAAUUAAUAUCAGUACAUUAUUCUGCUGUGUCACCAAUGAACUGUCUAGUAUUUGUAAAAAUACAUAAAUAUACAUAGAUAUUAUGAAUGAAAGAUAUCUUUAAAAUGCCAACCUCCAAUCAAGUGCAGAAGAAUAAUGACUGUUAGGUCUUCUGCUCUACCCAUAAAUGUUAUAGAGAUCGGAAUGCACUGGAAAAAAAAGCCACAGCAACUCUAAUCUUUCUAAGAACCCUGACCAAGGGUGUUCUUAUGUUUUUUUCCUGCUUGGCAUCGUACAUUUUUUGGCCUUGGGCUCUAUAUACUAUACAAGCAAGUGUUAGACAGUAUGAUGUAUUGGAAUAAAAUGAAACAACUAAGUUCGGAAGGCCAGUCAGCUUUUCAUUUUCAUGAGUUUCUUUGAUAUGCACCAUUUAUUGCCAAAUUCAGAAUUCUACCAGCUUCGGAUGUCAACCAGCAUAGCCGGCUUUUUUCCCCUGUCAUAUGCUAGUGUUGUAUGUAAAAAUAACUCGGAAGGCAUAAUUUAUAUGUAUACCUACCCAUUUAUAAGUAUCAUUCACGCUCUCUCACUACCCAACAUUUGGAACCUGCAUUGGCAUUGCUGCUCAACUGCUCUCCUUCAGAUGAGCAACUGAGAGUUGUCUGGGUUGUGUAAACUAAUUUUAAAUGCCUGAACAAAUGACAACAAUGUUGUGUUUGAAAUUGCUGUAUCUAGUUCAGUCUGCCUAUGAUAUCUUCAGCCUGAAAAAAAACUUUGAGUAAUCUUUUAAAGCCGCUUAUAGAACAUAUGAUCAACUUGAUGAAUUUUCCCCUCAGCACCAGCUAGCUGACACCAUUUGGGAGUUUUCUUUUUCCUCAUGAUUUCCUGUGGUAUGUGGUUAUGUCUACUGUUGCAUAAUUUAAUAAAGAAGCACCCUUAUAUUCCGA